AUGUUUGCCAAGGGAGACCCUGGUAUUGCUGCCUUGUAUGACAAGCUACUGAUAUCAGAAGAACACUUGCCCUUUGGAGAGAAAUUGAGAGCCAACAAUGAAGAAACCAAGCGUCUUGUUCUCCAGGUUGCUGGACAUCGAGAUCUUCUCGAAGGCGACCCGUACCUGAAGCAGAGGCUCCGACUUCGUGAUGCUUACAUCACGACCCUUAAUGUAUGCCAAGCAUACACUUUGAAAAGGAUCCGAGACCCGGAUUAUCAUGUGAAGGUAGGGCCGAACUUGUCCAAGGAAUACAUGGAAUCGAGGAAGUCGGCAGCCGAGCUCGCGAAACUCAACCCGACAAGCGAGUAUGCUCCUGGUCUGGAAGACACCCUUAUAUUGACCAUGAAGGGUAUUGCCGGUGGCAUGCAAAACACUGGCUAGAGCUAAACAUAACCCCGAACCUGCGGAUUGUUGGUUUUCUCU